AGUCGCCUUCUGCACUCUCCGGCCUCCAAGGUCGCUCGUACCCUAUAAAAUCUCUAUAAUUAAUCAUCUAAGAGCACAAAAAUAUGGAAGGAGCUAAGAAGCAAAGCCAUUUCAUCCUAGUCCAUGGAGCAUGUCAUGGAGCUUGGAGCUGGUACAAGCUCAAGCCACUGCUAGAGUCAGCGGGUCACCGUGUCACCGUGCUCGACCUGGCUGCCUCGGGCAUCAACAUAAAGGACAUCAAGGAUGUCCAUACCAUGCAUCAGUAUACCGAGCCCCUGUUGGAAAUUUUGGCUGCCCUGCCCUCGGGUGAGAGAGUCAUCCUUGUAGGGCAUAGCCUUGGAGGUUUAAAUUUGGCUCUGGCCAUGGACAAGUUCCCGAAGAAGAUCUCGGUUGGUGUUUUCAUGACAGCUUUCAUGCCGGAUACCACUCACCGGCCAUCAUAUGUCUUGGAUCAGCCGCCUUCAUCCUUAAUCUUGGAGCCAGGAGAAACGACUCAGUGUUGCCAGCGGGUUUGCCGAAUGGGGGGGUUUGGAGCAGAGAGAGAGGAAGGCGAAAAUGAAAGAAAAUGGACCAACCAGGAUUUGGAGUUGGCUAAGACUUUGAUCAGGCCAGGAUCGUUAUUCAUUCAAGAUCUGGCGAAGGCGAAUGAGUUUUCUAGCAAGGGGUACGGAUCUGUUAGACGAGCCUAUGUUGUAUGCAAUGAGGACAAAGGAAUACCAGAAGAGUUCCAACGUUGGAUGAUAGAAAAUUUUCCGGCGGACGAUGUGAUGGAGAUUAAGGAUGCAGAUCAUAUGGCGAUGCUUUCAAAACCAAGUGAACUUUGUCAGUGUCUCUUAGAGAUAGGACGCAAAUAUAAUUAGUAUUUUUCAUUUGUUUGAUAUACUGGGACCUAACUAUUUAAUAUUAUAAGAAUUUGAACUAAUAAUUUUUAUUUUAAUAGAUAUGAAUUUAAUUA